AUGAAGUUUGCCGGGACGCGAUAUGCCGACAGAGGCACGAUGCAGACGCUCCUCAUCGACGAGAUGUUCCACAACCUAGGGAUCCACCGAGUCAUGUUCCAGCAGCACGAGGCUUACCGGAAGGCGACUUGCCUUUUCCUUGCCACUCUCGAGCACGAGCCCUGCGUGCCAGGCCAGACCACACCCGACGGCAGUGACGGGUACAUCACAUUCUGGGCCACUGGACGGCGACACUAUCUCUCAUACAGAGAGAUCGACCGAGCACUUUUCCUGCCGCCAGGCAACCGUCUAGGCCUCGACGUCGACCGCGACGAGAUGUCCGCACUUUGGGGGACGAUCGCGUUUGGGGAGUACUUCUCCUCAAGUGCGAAGUCCGCUCAGAUCAGGAGCCCGCCGGUCCGCUACUUCCACAAGGCGAUCGCCAACACGCUCUUUUCCCGACAGGCCACCGGGAACGUCACAGAGACAGAGAUGGCCAUGAUCGACGUGGCACUCACAGGCAUCCCGUUGAGACUGAUCAACGGGACCAGCUCCGAGGCAGCAGGUCCCACGGAGGCAUCACGGUCGCCCUUGCUAGCCAGCUCCGCUCUUACAGGGACUGGGCUUCGAGGAACAGGACCAUCCGGCACAAGUGCACACUGCGGAUGGGUGGCUUGGUCACACCUCUUCUACGCGCCGUCGGCUUCACACCUGACAGAGAGGACGAGGUCGCACCACCCGAGAGGCUCGAUCUCGAUUCCCACGUUCAGCUCGGCGCUUCCCGCAUGUUGCUCCGCUCUCUACACCGGAGAUCGACCGACCGCUAGGGACUACGCCACACCUCAGGCGACCACACACCGCGGCGAUCCAUCUCACGAGCUCGACUCCACGCAGACGGACGAGCUCGAGCACUUGCACUUCGCCGGCUACGCCACCACCGCCAGACAGACCGCCGGGCUGAAGGCGGCUCACCAGCACAUCGGCAUUCUUCAGCGGUGGAACAAGGCGCAGGACAAGAUCACCAGCAAGCUCAAGAGCAAGGUGAAGAAGAUGGCCGAUCAGAUCCGUGCCAUGCAGGACAAGCUGAGCUGUGUUGCCUCAGCUUCAGGAGGUGUCCACAGGACCGCAGUCGGUCCACGCCAGGCGAUCCCCUCUGAGGACGACGACGAGCCAGACCACGACACCACCGGCGGACGACCACUACCUCCUGAGCCACCACGACACUCUUCCUUCGAGCCGCGACAGCAGCGGAAGAGGCGCUUUGGAGAGCCGCAGACAGCGAGACCAUCAGGCGCAGGAGCUGCGCAGACUUGCCAUUCAGGCGAUGCAGCUCCACUUCGAGGCCGACAGCGCCGACAGACCACACACCGCCGACGAGAGCUCCGCCGGACCAGUACGUGCCUUACACCACGAGCGAGCUGCGCCUACCACCGUCCCUACUUACACGCAGGAGAGCAUGCAGGAGGAUCUCGACGACUUCAUCUACGGACGCCGCUGAUGCUCUCUCCUGACGCCACUCGACCACCACCACUGUAUCAUUCCAUUUUCCCUUUUCUUUUUCUUUUAUUGAGUCUGUUUAACUCUCUCCUUGGUUUCUUUUCACACCGGGUCGGUGUGAAGUAA